AUGAAGUCCCAUCAGAGAACAUUUCGGUCGAGGCACCUUGUCUCAUGGGCCAUUGCCUUCUGGCUGACAGCUACUGUUCACGCCUCAGACCAAUGUGCGCCCUCCAUAUGGCAGCCGGGACAAUUCGAAGAUCGGUUUCCUGUUGUUUCCGGUGGGAACGUCACUACGGGCACGGUGAACUGCCGGUAUGCGGGCAACACGGAAGGCAUGGAUAUUAACUAUUAUACCUGCACCGCAUUGGCAGUCCAGUACGGGAUCAGCGUCGACACUUUCUUCAUGUUGAAUCCCGAUGUAAAUCCCGACUGUUCUAAUAUCAAAGCUGACACGGAUUAUUGUGUAUCUGGCUUCAUUGAGCCGGCAAGAGCUACAGACGGACUCUGCGGUCCUCAGAAUAGCAACGCGACUUGUCUUGGAACUGAAUUCCAGUGCUGCAACUCAAAGACUUGGAAAUGCGGCAACUCUACAGAGGACUGUGCAGACGGAACUUGUUACGAAGGCGCAUGCGCAGGGGACUCCAUCUUUACCACCACCGGCGAGUGCGGCCAACAGCACGGCUACAAGCAGUGCGCCGGAGUCUGGGGCGACUGCUGCAACGCGGACGGGAAGUGCGGCACCGGCGAGGACUUUUGCGGAUACGGCGUUUGCCAGCUUGGGAACUGCACGGUUCCGAGCCAGCCUCCGGGCCCGCCUUCGUGGUUGAACGGCAACACGACGGACGGCACCUGCGGCGGAACAAACCGCUACACCUGCAGUGUGGUUUACGGGAACUGCUGCAACAAGGAUGGCAUAUGCGGCUCAUUGGUUUCAGAUUGUGGGGAUGGGUGCCAACCGGAGUUUGGAAAUUGUACUACUCCGAACACGGGCUCUUCAUCCUCGAGCUCUUCAUCCAAGGCCUCCUCCGCGUCCACCAAAGUGACAACGAGUAGCCACUCGACUACGGUCAGCUCGAAAUCCUCAACUCCCUCAUCCAAACCAGCAAGUACCAGUGCAACUACCACCACAUCGGCAAAGCCCCCCAGCACCUCCAUCCCCGGCGAAGCUGCUUUACCUUCGUGCGGCCAGCUUUGCUUCAACAACAUGCUCGCUCAGUACUCUGCUCUCGGAUGCAACGCACUGGACGCCUACUGCCUGUGCAAUAACGUCGACUUUAGCAACGGCCUCCGCGACUGUUCAAACGGCGCCUGUGGAACAGCUGUUGCCAGCACCGUCAUUGCCUUUGGGAGUUCAUACUGCUCAACAGCAUUUGCUACCCACACACCCACGACCACUGGCGUCGGCGCCCUACCCUCCUGUGGCCAGACCUGCUUCAAUAACAUGCUGGCACAGUACUCACAGCUGGGAUGCCCCAGUCCUCAGGAUUCCUACUGCCUAUGCAACAACGUCGACUUCAGCAACGGCCUUCGUGAUUGUUCAAACGGUGCCUGUGGAACUGCCGUUGCCAGCACUGUCAUUGCCUUUGGAAGUGCAUACUGCUCUACCGCAUCAGCGACUCACACAGCCGCCCCUACCGGCAUUGGCUCCCUGCCCGCCUGUGGUCAGACGUGCUUCAACAACAUGCUGGCUCAGUACUCGCAGCUUGGUUGUUCGAGCCCCGACCCGCGUUGCCUUUGCGAGAAUGUCAACUUUGGGUACGGGCUGAGGGACUGCUCGAACGGAGCAUGUGGCACGGCUGUUGCUUCGACGGUGAUUGCGUACGGAAGCUCGUAUUGUGCGUCUGCGACGGCUUCUCCUUGA